AGAAGAGAAGGAAAAAGUGCUGUUAUUCUUGCAGGGUUUAGCCUAACUUUCUGUCUAGGCUGUCAGUCCACGAGCUUUACUUUUGUUGCUUUGUUCAGGAAUCAGGAUGACCAGUUAACAUACAACAUUGGAAAAGAGCGAGAUGAACUUUUAUUUUAACGUUUGCUUGAAUGACAAGAACCGGUUGGAAUUAAGGGACAAAAAAUUCACCAGAAAUUCGUACGACGUAAAAUACAAUCCAAGUAUGGUGUGUGAUACAACUUUUACGUCUUUAAUGAUGAAGAAAUACCAACUUUGGAUGGUGUGGGAGAUCAUCAAUAGAGGAUCAGCGCCGAAAGAGAAAUAUUCUCAAAUGGGCGACCCUCCAUUCUAGUGGGGCCAUAUUCUGCAGAUAAAUAUGAGUUGCCCCCAUGUUUUCUCUCUGCGCAGAAAUUCUAUGUACCGCGACAAUAUAUUUCAAUUAAAUUAUGAUUUACUGUUUGAAACCAUGGCAUGAUGAGCGCAUUAGGGCUUGCUUUUUCUGUCCUUGAUUGUACUAUCAUUAAUCAUACCGUUCUGCUUGAUUGAAUAAAUCGCACAGGAUCCGAGAGUCGAGAUACCAUUGUGGGUUUAUUAUAAAAGAACUAAAAGGGCAGUUGUAGGGCCUCUGUUGGAAUAUCUGUAUAUGACUUUUGGACUGAUUUGAUGGGGAUGAUAAUUGCUGCUCACACUUUACCUUCUCCUCUGCUUAGUGUCGGUGGCCUUAACUGAUAAUUUUUAUUAUCCCGCGUUUUGAAGAAAACAGGCUUACCUUCAAGCAUUUUCUGGCAGUCUCUCUGCAACAAUCCUGCGUUGUUUGCAAUGGAAGAAAUAUAUUCUUCCCCCGAUACACAGGGUCCAUCUUCCUUCUCAGGUUCAAAAGUCCAAAGGAAAAAGCACGUAAGUGCCAGCUCUAUUUCUUCGCAGAAUGAUUUGGAGAAGGAUAUGACUGAGGAAGAUCAGAGGAGAAUGAAAACUGCUUCUGAUUAUCAUACGAAGCAUGAAUCAGCUCUUGUUUGGAGGGAUGUGACAGUUACAAUUAGUGGGAAGCGAAAGUACUCCGAUAAGGUUGUAAAGGGUUGCACAGGCUAUGCAGUUCCCGGUACCCUCACUGUGAUUAUGGGCCCUGCAAAAUCUGGGAAGUCUACUCUGCUCAGAGCUCUUGCAGGCAUAUUACCCAACACAGCUAAGGUCUACGGGGAGGUUCUUGUGAAUGGUCGAAAAUCAGAGUUCAAAUAUGGAAAUUAUGGAUAUAUUGGACGAAAAGAUGAACUGAUAGACACUCUUACUGUGCGGGAGAUGCUGUACCAUGCUUCUCUUUUACAACUUCCAGGUUUCAUAUCUCGUGCAGAAAAGGCUGCUAUGGUUGAGGAUGCUAUCUUAGCUAUGUCAUUGCAGGAAUAUUCGGAUUCACGCAUAGGAAGUAACUUUCACAGCAAGGGUUUAUCAAAUGGUGAAAUAAGACGCAUAAGCAUUGCCAGGGAGCUGAUUACAAACCCGCAAUUCAUAUUUAUCGAUGAACCCCUUUAUCACCUUGACUGUGUGUCUUCUCUAUUGAUGAUGGUGAUGCUGAAAAAACUUGCCAGCACGGGACGUACUGUCAUAUUUACCAUGUAUCAUAGCAGCACUGAAGUAUUUGGCCUCUUUGACAAUAUCUGCUUGCUGGCAAAUGGAAAGAUGCUAUUCUUUGGGGAAACAUUAUCCUGUUUGCAACACUUUGCAAAUGCAGGGUUUCCUUGCCCUGUCAUGCAAAGUCCAUCUGAUCACUUCCUACGAGCUAUCAAUACAGAUUUUGAUAAAAUCAUUUCAAUGUGUAAAAACUGGCAGGAUGAACAUAGAGAAUUUUCAACUGUUAAGAUGGACACAGCUGCUGCCAUCCAGACUAUAGAAACUACAUACAAAGCAUCGGCUGAUGCUCUUGCUGUUGAAUCCAUGCUGGUUAAACUUACAGAGAAGGCAGGGCCAAUGAUUAAAAGCAAGGGUCAUGCAAAUGUCUUUGAAUGCAUACUAAUAUUGACAUGGAGAUCAUGCUUGAACAUGGCCAGAGAUUUUAGAUACUUUUGGUUGCGGCUAAUGCUCUAUAUGCUGCUGAUGAUCAGUAUGGGGACAGUAUUCACGAAUAUAGGUCAUACACUGUUUUCAGUCAAGGCAAGAGUUGUUGCAGUCUUUUUUUUCAUAGCUUUCACAUCUUUAUUGAGUAUUGGGGGUUUUCCUUCUCAUAUUAAAGAAAUUAAGGUUUACAGCCAUGAAAAAGCUGCUAGACACACUGGACUAAUUCCCUUUUUGCUAGGAAACUUGCUUUCCAGUAUUCCUUUUUUGUUUCUCAUCUCCAGCUUGUGUUCGGUAGUCAUUUACUUCUUACUUGGUCUGAGAUCAGAUUUCAGCUUGUUUAUGUAUUUUGUUCUAAACUUCUUCGUGUGCCUUCUGAUAAAUGAAGGCAUGCUCAUGAUUCUCGCUUCAUUCUCACCAAAUGUAUUCAAAGGCAUGCUGACCAUGGUUUUUCUUCAGAUUAUCAUGAUGCUGGUUGCAGGAUAUUUCAGACUGAGAGAUGAACUCCCAAGGGCAGUAUGGAAGUACCCACUAUCAUAUUUGGUGUUCCAUACAUAUGCGAUUGAGGGUCUUCUUGAAAAUGAAUAUGUAGGAGUAUCCUUUGCUGUGGGACAAAUUGGAUCGAUUUCUGGAGAAAAAGCUCUGCGGGAUUCAUAUGAUAUUUCAAGCUCAAGGAAUGCCAAGUGGAUAAACCUAUUGAUUCUUGUUAUCAUAGCUCUUGGAUAUCGAUUAAUCCUAUUUUUAUCCCUUUAUAUGGGAGAAAAGUGCAGAUCUUGGCCCUACAGAAGUUACAGAGAAAACAAAUGCUUUGUGAAUUGAGAUAAAGCACAAAUUCCAUUGUUUAUAAAAUUUAUUCUAAUAAAAAGUAAGCUAGCAAAGAAGUGCUUGAUCUUCUUUUCCCUCCCUUGAAAAGGACAGCUAGAUUCUCGGGCAGUAUAAAUGUUAUUUGGUAGAUAUGGUAACCCAGGCUCUUUUGAACCUUGGUUAUGAUCUCGAGUCUGCUUUUAUUAUAAAUGUUACAUUUGUAAUUAAUGUAAAUUCCCACAGAUCUGUUCACUGCAGGAGCAUCCAUCUUCCCAAAAAUAAAUUUAAUCUUCUGCAAGGCAAUCUCUGCAAUUCUGAUAUAUUUUAGCACCCAAUUUUAUACAGUUCCUGCUAUUUCACAAUGA